CGGAAAUUUAAUAUGAAUCUGUAUGUUGAAAGGCAGAAAGUGCUCAGCCACAUCCGACGUGCAUUGGAAAAGCGCCCUUUCAACGGAAAGGCGGCACUUGAAAGCCCUUGCAUGUAAUUCAGCCAAUCAUCGAUAUGGGUGCCUGGGAGCGCUGAGCCUAAGCGGCUUCCUGUAAGCAGCGAGACAGCUGAAACUCUAUGCAAUCUGCGGUACACGAAGUAAUGAAUCCAGCCGGAAUGGGCUGUAGAGGGUCGAGAUGGGAAUAGAAGGAUUUGCAAUAUGGGGGCCUACCGGACUUUUGUACAGUAUGACUCUAAGUGCGACCAUGGCUCUGGAAAAACUUGGGACAUAUAACAGAAGCUCUCCCACCGUUGAUUUUGGGUGAAACAACAAGCAGAAUAAUUAUCCAUAAUCACUAAACAUCAUGGCUCCUCACGCAGACGAUUCCGUUGAGUCUCAAGUAGACACUCGACCCCAAACCCCCACGAAGCCUGAAGCAAACGGCAAGCAGAAGUCGAAAGGCACCGGUAAAGGAAAAGGCAAAGGAAAGAAGAAGGCAGAGCAACACACCAAAGAGCGAAUCCAACGACUAGACCAAAUCUACAGCAAGAAAAAGCGAGAGAAUUAUUUCGUCCCGACCCCAAAAUCAAAAGCCAAUCCUGAAACAGCGAACCAUGCUUCUCACGUUGUCCUCAAGGUUCGCAGAAUCAUUUGCGACAAGGGAUUUCCCACAGGAACGGAGAUCGACAUCAAGUCCGAGAUCCUCACGCAUGCGCUUUCAGAAAUUUACGACGGCGUAGAGGGGACAAAGCUGAAUGAAUAUCCUCCUGAAAUUAGCCCAGAAUUGCUUUUCCACGCCGGACCUGGUCUUAUCAAGCGUGUCGAAGCUGAACAGGCAAAGGAAACUCCCAACCAGACUGCUAUCGAAGAAAUAGGCAUUGCUCUCCAAUACAUUGCCGAAGACUUCGAAUCCACGACCAACAACAUUCUAUCGCUCUCCCAACAUGACGAGAUCACUUUCGAUCUCCUCUGGACUCUCUUUCCUCCCAACACCCCCAUUUACUCAAGGGACAACCUUCUCAAAGACGACCAGGUUUUCAAACUACAGCAAGGAACUUAUGAGUGCAGAAAUGGCUCCAAAUUCUUCGCAAUCAAAGCGCGAUGCAUCUCGCACGACGGCGAAAAUCUUGGCUGGGUAGACCACGAACUUGAAAUCGCCGACUUCGUUGGUGCUCGUAAGGUGCAGAAUCUCCCAUACUUCCCAUUGAAAUAUCAUUCCGAUCCUAAGGCCCUCUCCUCCGAGCUCAUCGAGCGUGGAAAGAAGUUUCUCGACAUGACCAAGGCAACGUAUAUGGAAUACAACGGCCCUGCGAUUGCCGAGAACCAGGAAGUAUAUUUGAACAACCAGUACAAACGGUUGGUCCUCCACGCCACAGGCAGAAUCAUGCUUGACCCAACGACCUGCCUCCAGCAAAACACCAGCACAGAACUUCUCUGGCCCAAAGUCGAGCGCGAACUUACUGUCGAUCGUAUCUCUGAAAGUGACUUUAUCUUCUGCAAUCACUGCGCGGGAGGCUUUAGCUUCCGCCAGAAGAAAUGGUGUCUCUUCUCUAUCAACCGCAUGGCGCCUGUGGUGUGGAACACGAACGCAUUCUCCAAACUCGUCAUGGACAAGCAGAAGCGAGACCUCAUCCACACGCUCGUGCGAUCGCAUAAGAACAGCGCAGAGACUUUCGAUGAUAUUGUUAGCGGGAAGGGCAAAGGGCUUGUUGGUUUGCUGAGCGGAAACCCAGGUGUCGGCAAGACGUUGACUGCGGAGGUCAUCGCAGAGGCGACAAAGCGCCCUCUCUACAUGCUAAGUGCCGGUGAACUCGGAACGUAUACCGGCGAUGUAGAGAGGUCGUUAGACCAGGUGCUAGAGAUCACUCGACAGUGGGGUUGCGUCCUCUUGAUCGACGAAGCCGACGUCUUCCUCCAGGAGCGUGAUGGACUCGAUCUCGAGCGCAAUGCGCUGGUCAGUAUCUUCUUGAGGAGGCUUGAGUACUUCCAGGGUGUGCUUAUCAUGACGACGAACCGGAAGAGGACUAUCGAUGCGGCGUUCGAUAGUCGGAUACACUUUAAGUUGCACUACCCUGACCUGUCGGUCGCGUCGCGCGCGUCUAUCUGGAAGAACUGCUUGGAGAAUGCGCCUGCUGCUGCGAAGCAAGCGAAGCUCAAUGAGCAGGAGAUCACGCAAUUAGCAGAGGUGCAACUCAAUGGAAGACAGAUCAAGAAUGCGGUGGCAUGUGCGGUGUCGAUUGCCUUGGAGGAGAAGAAGGCGUUGACCGUGCAGGAUAUUCGUGUCAUUCUUGAUAUGGUAGUUGAUGCCGAUACUGAUGAGAAGAUUGGUUCAGGAAAAUAGGGACAUUGAAUGGGGAAUCAGCAAAGCCUCCUGCACUUUGUUCAGAUACUAAGAGAGCAGUCAUUAAAGAUACCAAUACGUAAACGCUUUCAAAUGAAAGCAUAGAUCAAUUCAUGCUUCUAUACUAUAUCCUCC